UGGCCAGACCUGCCCUGUUCUAGAACCGGGUAGUUCAGCGCUCCGGCGAUUCUCAAUAGAUGCAUGUCCGUCUCUUCGUACAUUGCACAAGAAGAGUAGACUGGCUAGUGUGCGCUAGUUUGAGCCGUCCUCUAUUCCAAUAUCUUUCGGAACUGUUGUUGACAUUAAACAGUGAAAAAAGUUAACAUUUUGGAGUGAUCAUAAGGAGCUUAUUUACCAAAACGUGUAGGUCCUCGUUGAAGAUUGUCCACCAGGGAUGUUCGACCUAACGAAGGAAUGGAAUCUGUCGUUUGCCGGCUGCGGGUUCCUGGGGAUUUAUCACAUCGGAGUGGCCAGCUGCCUGUCGGAACAAGCGCCUUACCUUAUCAAAGGAGCCGCCAAGAUCUACGGAGCUUCAGCCGGUUCCCUCUCUGCCUCGAUGCUCGCCAGCCAGGCAUCCAUAGCUAAGUGCUGUGAGGAUGUGAUCGAAACGGUCAUGGAUGCUCGGAAGCGUAACCUGGGUCCCCUCCACCCCUCCUUCAACCCGCUCAAGAUCAUCAGGUCGGGCCUGGAGCGCGACCUGCCCGCCAACGCUCACACACUUGCCUCCGGGAGGCUGUGUGUGUCACUCACUCGCGUGUCUGAUGGACAAAACGUCAUCGUGUCCGAGUUCAAGUCCAAGGAGGAGCUCAUCCAGGCACUGCUGUGUAGCUGUUUCAUUCCCAUAUACUGUGGCCUGAUCCCCCCAUCCUUCCAAGGAGUGCGUUAUGUGGAUGGGGGGAUCAGUGACAACCUUCCUCAGUCGGAGCUGAAGAACACCAUCACCAUCUCUCCGUUCUCAGGCGAAAGCGACAUCUGUCCCCGGGACACCUCCUUCAACUUCCACGAGCUUCGUUUCACCAACACCUCCAUCCGGUUGAACCUGAGCAACAUGUACCGCCUCAGCAAGGCCCUGUUCCCCCCAGAACCCAAGGUCAUGGCAGAGAUAUGUCAGAGUGGCUACAAGGACGCCCUUCGCUUUCUUGAGGAGAACCAUCUGCUAAAGCUGGUGUGUCCGACUGCCGGCCCCAACCUAUCAGAAGCCACCUGCUGCUGCAAGCCCAUCCCCAUGGAAACCACUAAGAACGGGAUGUUCUGGCGGCUCCGCUUCCUGAGGAAGCAACACUGGUGUUUGGAUGAGCAUAUUGUUGACAACCUGCCAACCCAAAUCAAGAAAGUGUUCUGUGAGGCGUGCCAGCAGAAGCCUGGUCUGUAUGCUCAGGUGUCUGAGAUGCUGCUGGUCAGAGUGGCCUCCUACAUGCUCCUGCCCUGCACACUACCUGUGGUAUCAGCCUACUCAGUGGGCAAGAGAAUUGUGGAGUGGAUCCCAGAGGUGCCUGCAGACAUGCGUUGGCUAGCUGGGGUGGCUGGGGAUGUUGCUGGGAGCUUGUACAGACAGGCCUGGAGAGGAGCGCCAGUAGACAUAACCAGUGAUGGUUCCCUGAGGAAUUGCAUGAGCCUGCCCCCACCCAUGGAAAGUGACGGACAAAGGGAGAGAGAAUGUCACCUGUCCGGGUUCGCUCGCUCUGCUCUCAACUUCCAAAGCCAAUACUGGAACAUCCCCGCAGCCGCCUCUUCCCACUGUUCCACCAGCCCCCACACGUCAAGCCCCUCCCCACGACAGAUCUGCUUCAGUGUUCAUUUUGGCACUCUUUUUUAGAUUCAUUCUAGUCUGUCAUUUUGACUAAAAUAUCAUAAAAUCUUAGUCACAUUUUUGUGAUUUGAAUAAUGAUUUAGUCAUUGUUAAAAUGACGAAAAGAGAGACGUUUUAGUCAACUAAAUGCCCUUUCAUUUUAGUUAUAUUUUAGUCCACAACACAUUUGUAUUGCCUCAUUAGCCACAAACCACGUUUCCAUCCAGUUUUUAUGGGAGUAGUCAUAUCAAAGAUUUUUAUAACUAACCCAAGAUGGACCAUAACUACUGAGAUGUUAGGCUAUUCAAUAAAUGCAUGUUCAAUCCGACACCUACAAGCAGGACUGCAUGAUUCCAGAUACAGUAUUUUGAUGUGCAACCGAAUCCAGCGAUUGUCAUGAAUUGUGAGUUGACGAUAGGGUAUUGUUGUUAUAUUUUACUGUUAAAAUAGGGCUCCAGAAUGUUCUGUUUUUUUUUUGUUGUUCAAUAGGGAUGAAUUUGCCUAAAUCUUUAUGUGCACUAAUAUCAUAGGCUAAAUUAUUUUGGGGUUGAUACACCACAUGAUACAGUGAAAACUCAAACACAUUAGCUAGAUCACUAACACUAAAUAUAAUACCCACUGCUAGUAGUCAUGUAUUAAUCUAAAAGUUUUUUACAGUUGUAGCACUGCUAACCUACAGACAUACAAUGCGCAAUUGCGCAUUUCUUGGACUCUGAAAGCCAUGUCUAAUAUUUUGAUUGUAUAAUAGUUGCUAUUGAGCCAAUAUUAAGAGAUGACAAAUAUAAAGUAUACCCACAGAAAGCUGAGAACAACAUUUGCUUCUAAAUCUAUGAAUUUCCCGCAAUUGGAUUUUCAGAUGUUAUAGUGAAAUGUUAGUGAAGCUUUUUUUCACACUCCCGGAGUGCACAUCGUGGCUUGCUCAUUACAGCAGCAGGCUUCAGCAGAACAGGUAAAGUGGCUGGGCAGACACUUUAAUUACAGGAAUCAUGAGGAUAAUGCACUUUACUGUUUGACCAAAUCAUGGUUUUAGCCACUCAAAAAAUAGGACGUUUUAAAAACUUUUGAGUGAGGUGACCAUGUAAUGAAUGUUCAGCUCGCACGCCACCAAUUACAGAUUGAAGUCGCACAGCCAAGUCAAAGAGUUACAAAACGCCAUUAAAUGGUUGCAAUCGAGAGCCUUGACCCUUGAAAUACUGUAGCUAUAUUGUAAUCAAAGUUGUGUCAUAAGUAGUGGUCUGAUACUGUAGGUUGCAAGAAAACUACAAGGUAGAAUUAUCAAUCGGUUAUUAGCCUAUCUGAGCGUCAGAGGAGACUGGUGGCGGGAGGAGGAGCUAUAGGAGGACGGGGCUUUUUGUCAUGGCUGGAAUGGAGUUAAUGGAACAUAUCAAACAUAUGGAGACCACAUGUGCCAGCUCAAGUUCCCUCCCAAGGGGCAUGUCUACCUACCUGUGUUCAGUCAAAUGUAGCAUGCAUUCCUCAUUCCAGGCAGAUUAUUGAUAUGACUUGAC